AUGAAAUUAGUUAUUAUAUUGAACAUAUUGUUGUUAGCACUAUAUUCUACUUGUGUCAAAUCUGAACAAGAUAGUGAUUUCAUUCUGGAAAGUAGUCUUAUUACUGCUUCUGCUAAGUUCACAACCAAUAUUUUUGAAAAUUCAAUAGAUAUAAAUCAAUUCGGUACUUUUCUACUCCAUCUGCCAUCGUCUAUAACUUAUGAAUAUGCAACAUAUACUAACGAAGAAGAAACCAUGUUUAGCACACCUACGCAAAAUAAUGCAAACUUAACCACUCUAAAGACUUCAACUGCUUUGCAGACCAAUAAAAGCACUGCCACAGUUACUAAUCCGUAUAGAACAAGAAUUACAUUAUCUGAUAUCAGUAAACAAAAUUAUUCUACAUAUUCCACAUCUAUGUCUAGUAAUUUUAAAACAAAAACUAGUUUUGGUUCCGGGAACCAUGGAGCAGUGGUAAUUCCUACAGACACAUUAUUUUUCAUAUUGUCUCUAAUAUUCUUUUUGUUUUAA